AUGCCGAGAAACCUCAAGAUCGAAGUCCGACUCCGCUCGGCCUCGAAAGCCACUCGUAAUGAUCCGAGACCAACACCGCCCCCUGAAUACUAUAUUCGUCUCGUGAAUGAGGGUUUACCGGACGAAGAAAUGGCCAACGGGAGCUCAGAUGACAUGUCUGUCUCCAGCAACUCCUCUGAGGCGGAUAUAUUUGCCGAAUUUGAGUGGCUGGAGCAGAUUGAUGGGCUCAUAUUCAACCAAGACGAUAGCGACCCAGACAAGACACCGGUUGGCUAUUGUGAUGGCAAAUUGAUCAGACGUGAAAAGAUCCGCGACAAGUUUUGGUUCGCCAUGGAACAGCCAACCGAAGAAACGUGCUCUCUCGCGUUUGAUCUUUUCGACAGAUACGGCCGCUUGAAGCCUGAGUUCAAGAGCCAUCCGAUCAAGAAGGGCUCUGGUAUUUGGAACGCUGAGCUAGACGACGGAGACAUAUUUUUAAUUCAGUCCCUGAGAAUCGAUGGACAAUAUCGCCGCCUUGGACAGGGAAGCACGCUUGUGAAAGCCAUGCUGGAAAAGGUCAGGGACAAAACUUUAAGUUUUGUUACUGUUGUGCACCCUAGUGUUCUGCGCAGUGAAGUGCUAUGCGAGCCUCGCGGGGAAGAGGUGCCCAACAAGGAAUCGUCGGAAUUGGCUGCUAUAGAUAUUUCGAAAUCUUUCUGGCGAUCUUUGGGGUUUCGACGAAUCGGCUCUUCUUCGUGGUUUGGGCUCGCCUCGGACCCAGAACACCCAUGCCAUCAUCUAGCUGCUGAAAGCGACUAUGAGAUUCCAGCACUGUCUUCAAGCAUCCUAGACACCGAGCUGGAGCGCAAGAUGAAAACUGCCCUGGAGUGCAGCAGUGACAACGACUUUGUGCACUUUCUUAGCCAAACCUGGGGUGAUGCUGCGGGGGAUGACCCGCGAUGGACAUCAACGGACACAAAUGGAAAUACUGUUUUGCACCUUGCUGCAACCAACAUCAAACCCAAUAGUGUCCAGUGGAUUUUGAGAAGAGCUAAAGUGCUCCUUCAUCAGCGCAACGCCCACGGCGAGACUCCAUUGGAUGCUCUGCUGACAAGCCUCGAGGAUAGUAGGACAACACGUCGCUUUAAUGCAUUGACCGAAGAUAUUUCAGACCAGUUCACUGGGUUCAACGACGCUGCGGUUGACUGCCUAAAGUUUCUCAAUGGCGGUACGGAAGUGACCGACGUCGAUUGGCAGCGCCUCAAAUACGGAUGUACCUGUGGGCAAUGCAUCUCAGGGUUCCUGAGUCCGCGGAUGUGUUUCGCUUUGGAAUGUCAGGCUGACAUAUGGUCAGAUUUCCUUCGUGAAGACAUUGAGGAUGGAAAUUUUUGGGUUGAAAGCAAUAGCACCUUUCUCAGCUUCCUACCGCGCCGUGUGCAGAAUAAUCUGAAGAGUAAUAAGUCUAUGAGGUAUGGGGUCAUGAACCUCUGCGACCAUAUCGCUAACUGUCUCCGCGGACAUAUGAUCCCAAAUAAGCCAAACGUGGAAAUGGUGUUGCAUGACGCGAGUGAGUGGCCUCCUACAUCUAGGAGUUUCUUACAACGUGGUGGGAGCGUUGGUGCGGUCGCCACCAUGCUUUUCCAAAGGGCCAUGGAGAGCGAUGAAUUAGCGGGAGAUCCUUUGCACAUGGAGACUUUUGAGGACCAGAUCCAGCAACUUUCCGAAUGCAGGAAUGACCAUGAAUUCGGUUUUGUCAGCGGAAUGUGCGGAUAUGAGAGAGUGUCAGCCUUUUGA